GGAGAUAACUAGUCCACAACUUGUGGUCACCCGUUACCAUCAACACCGCCGAUUUCCAUUGGGUUUUGUUGUCAAACGUCGCGUACUUCGCGGCAGAAAUUACACCAAUCUACGACUGUAGUCCGACUGUUUAUGAAACACUCAUGCACAUAUGGAACAUAUCGCGUGAUCAUAAAUGAUCAAAACGAUAUUGUACAAUAAAAUAUGGUUUCUUUCGAAGAACGAACUAACUUACUCCUUUUACAGACUCACAUUUUCCCAUCUGUAGCGUCACCACGUGUAGUGAGGCCACAUGGUGAAUUACAAUUUUCACAAGUGUACAUAUUCGUCGACGCCGUGCCAACCACUGAAGAAUAUUGGCUCCUGAUUCGAUUAACUGAGUGAUAUUCCAAGAUUCUUCCAAGAUUGAUUCACGUUUGAGGACAUAUUUCCGUAAUUUGAUUUUCAAGAUGGAUUGUCCAAGAUAUGAAAUGGCCCAAAAUUUAUCGGAAGAGAAUUUCAUACAAUAUCUGAAAGACAAUGGAAUCAUUUCGAAUCAGAAGACAUGUAGUUGUGGAAAGGAAAUGAGCAUAAGGCCUUCUCAGCGUGCCAUAGAUGGGGUGGUAUGGAGAUGCCACAAGUGCAAGAAUGCAGUGUCAAUCCGUACCAAGACUUUCUUGGAGAAGAGUAAGCUUUCUGUGUACAAAAUUUUCAAUCUAAUUUUCGAUUUUAUUUUUGAAAUGCCGGUAACCAGUUCCAUGUCAGCAAACAAUGUCAGUAAAGUCACUGCAAUACAGUGGUAUGAAUAUUGCCGUGAAAUCUGUUUGCAGAAAUUAUUAAGAGAUAAAAAAAAAUUAGGUGGCUCAAAUCAUGUUGUAGAAAUAGAUGAAAGUUUAAUGUUUCAGAGAAAAAAUGAAGCCGGGCGUGUGGUGCAUUCAUACUGGGUUGUUGGUUUCUACGACAACACCCAGAAAAAAGGACAUCUGCAACAUGUUGAAGAUAGAAAGACAGAGACACUGGAGUCACUCAUUAUCAACAACGUAGAACCAGGGUCUAUAGUGUUUACAGACCAGUGGGCUAGUUACCGGAAUCUAGAAAGCCUUGGAUACAUACAUGGAACUGUGGACCCAGAGAGUGGUGUAUGUGGAAAUCAAGUGGAGGGCUACUGGAACCGAAUUAAGAGUAGACUGAAAUACAAAUUCACGUCGAGUGGAGAUAUGCGAUGGUUACACGUCAACGAGGCCAUGUACAGAGACCUUUAUAAUAUGACGUAUGACCGAGCAUGGGAGAAUUACAAGACCUUCCUAAAACACAUAGCAGAAAUUUAUCCACAAUGAUUUUUGAACGGCUAUGUCUCCUGCUCCACUUGACUGCUUCCAGUGUUUUCUGCCUUUCUAUCAACACCAAAAUUAAUUUCUCUUCCAAAGAGAGAGAGUGGCAUUAUCUCUUUCUAUCACAUUUUCAUUAGAAUGUAUCGAGACACUAUGUUGUCACAAAACUGUUCCGUGUGUAUCACUUAGGUUGACGAGGGAAGGAUGACCUCACUUUGCAAAUACCUUAAGGGCACAGUAAGUGUGUCUAAAGCCAGCUGGAGACGAUGUUCUCCUGGGCUACAAGCUACAGUAACACCCACCCUUAGUGGUUAGCCAUAUUGAGAUGGCAAGUAUACCUCACAUUGUUAAAACAUUACUAUCUUGAUUGAUCUGUGACUAAACCUGGAUUUAAUAUAAUUUCAUACAAAAUUUGCUAUCAGUUAUAUAGAUAACUAGCAGUAAUGCCCAUCGUUGAUCAGGUAAUUACUUUUACUCUUUCUCGGGAGCUACAUUCAAAGUGUUAUUAUAUAUGUAGAUGUACUCCUCCUGUGUGUGUAUGUUUUAUAAGAGAAAACAUGUAAUAAUUGAAGUAACAUGAACUUUUGUUUGUUUAUUAUAUGAUGAUAAAAAGUGAGUUGUAUGUGUUAUUUUAUAUAUCAAUACAUGUAAUGGUAAUUAUAUAACACACAAGGCUUUGGUCAACAUGCAGCUGUAAUGAAAGAGAAUACCCCAAUGUGCUGCACAGUAGGACUGAACCCAAGGUGACAUGGUUGGAAUUGAAGCUUCUCAACCACACAGCCAUGCCUAUAAAGUGGAGAUAGAUUCUGAGUCUUUAUUUUUUGAAA